GCCUAUCCCGCACGAGCACAAAAUUGAACAGCCCAAAUCUCAGCCUGAAAUUGAAAUUGCGCCUUUGAACAGGUCGUCGUCGUCGUCGUCGUACGCCAUUCUGACGUCGACGGGGGACUGCAGGCUGACGGGCAGCAAAAUUCAGCCGACAACGGAACGAUUUCACCCGUUUCACCGCUGCUCAAUCGAGAACCGCCAUUUCCGCCGCUAAACAUACUUGAAUCUCCUUCUCCUUGGAAGAAAAUAGCUGGCUGCUCAUGUUCCCCUCCCCUCGCCUACAUAUUAAGAAUUGUUUGAUCGUGUCUACUAUGUUAUGGAAUUCUUUCUCUAAUGCGUCCCUGAUAUAUAUUUCGACAUCUUUACAGGGUAUUUCGCACGCUAAGACGUUUGCAUCCCGGAAUUUCGUUUAGCGGCAUUGAAACCCUUUACUACAAACAUGCGCCUGCGUCUUUGAUGUUUUUUUAUUGAUUCAUUCUGAAUUAAUGCUGCGUGCAGUUAUGUUAGUUGAGCAUUGGACGUCAAACUACCGUGGGCUCAGGAUUUACUGCUUUCAAGAAAUUUGAAGAUAAGCACUCAAACAGUUUUAUUUCUUUAUCUCAGGACAUUAUGACAUUAUUUCAGACAUUACCAUUUACUUAGUUAUUAUGCGUUGCUCCUUGUAACUAGUGUUUUGAGUGCAAAGUUUCUUAGCCAUUACAUCCUUCUUGGUCUUUAUUUAAAUAUCAGAAAUUCACCUGUUUACCUAGUAAGAAAUAAGGUUGGUGAGCUCAUCAAUGAUAUAUAUGUGGACAACUAAGCUACAUGGAUCGGAGCAAAUAUAUUCUGCAUUUGAAGGACUGAGUUCAAUUGAACCUAUUUGAUCAUUAGUAGUAGUAUUAAUCGAUGAGGAAAUUCCAAGACAAAUUAAUGAAUGGCGGGGAACAAACCAAUAAUGAUCAAUCCACCUUACACAAUCAUUAUAUUUAUCUUCUAUUGAAAAGUCUCUUCGUUUCAACAUACUAAUAGAAGAUCAAUGCUAAUGAAUUCUACAAGUAGGAACACAUUUGUGGGAUAUGUCAAGAUCAUUGAAUUAUUUUGGACAGAAGCAUGUGAACAAUUCGAUACAACAGUCAAAGUUACAUAGAAUUUACUCAUUGUAUUAACAAUUAGUUACUUUUUGAAGUGUUGCAAAUCGGUGUACUUCUGAUCUGGACUAUGCUCUUAGAUUUUUGGAUUGAGUUUUGAGUGUUUGCAGAAUAUGAAAAAGGAAAGCAAUGUACUAUAAUUUUCUUCAAUAUUUUGGAAAAUAUGUGUGCCGUGAAAGGAAAGGAGGAGGUUAAUGGGUAAAAGAACAAUCAUCAGGAAAGAAGGGUCAUUACAUGAAAGACCAGCUUCUUCCAAUCAUGAUUACCAUGGAUUUGAAUAAUGUUAUGAAGUUAGCAUGGUCCAAAAAAAUGGUAGUUGCAUAUUGGUACAUAUUUUGGAUUACUAUCUAUUUUGAAGCUCAUCCGUAAGAAGAAUUUUUAAAGUUAUAGUGAGAAUAAGACUAGCACUCGAAAUAAAUGCACCGAGUUGGAUUUUGAGAUACUAUGGAUGUUCCCCACAUAUUCAUUGAUUUUUAUUUGAGAGUAAUAAGGAAAUUACAUUUACAUGUUGCUUUUGCUAAUUAUCCUAAUGUGUUCAUCUUUAAUAAUUCGGAGAUUCAUUUUGUUGGAAUGUGAUAUUUUGAUUCCCAUAAUGCUCAUUGGCAAGGUCAGUCAUCUUUUACUUGCAAUUCGAAAAAGUAGUUAUUUCAAUCUCCUCGGCGUUUGCCCAUAUUUGUAUUUUGUGCAUAAAUUGCAUCAAUUCAUCAGAGGGCCGUGUAUUCUCCCUAAAUUUACUAAAUGGCUUCUUUGGUCUUUGUUCUUGCCAUUGUCGAGCAUGAGCCAGCAAGCUAAGGUAUGUAUGAGUAUUUCAUUCCUUCUGUAUCUUGGUAUUCUUUGCUUUGUAAUUUUCUUUUUUCCCUGCUAGGUGUCCUGAGGUUAUCCUUAGAUUACAGAAACUAGUUUACACGAACUUUUUGUGGAUCUUAAUUGUGGCACAUCAACUGCUUCUUCUUCUUUUCCUUUUUUUUUUUUUAAAAUAAAGAAUUAUUUCUGGAUCUAAUUUUUUGUAAGAUGGAUAUCAAUCUUAUCGUAUUCCUUUUCAAAAUAUCAUCUUUUUGCUUUAAGAAAUAAUUCAAGCCUUUGCUCUUCUAAUAUAUGCUCAUAAUGCAUAAGAAUAUAUUAUUACACUUGUCAAGCAUCUAGUAUUCUAGAAUUAUGUGUGCAGCUGGAUGACACAUUUAACGCAUGUUUAGGCUAAAUAAAUAGUAACUCAAAUAAUUUUCUAUAGAAAAAUGUGUGAGACAACUGUAAAUGACGAAAUAGAAACACAUCUUCACUUUUCUCAUGUAAGCGCAUUUUUAUAGUAGACACUUUUAAAUAGCGAAAUAAGCUUUUCAGGAAACAUUUUGAAUAUAUGCAUUUAAUGCUUACCUAGUAAAGUUUUUGUUACUAUAUAAAAGAUAUAUAUAUACAUUGUUACUAAAUAUAAAUUAUAUAUAUAUAUAUAUACAGUUAGGAUUCUUAAUUGUGUCACAGCUGUCACAUAUAUUUCUUUUUCCCUAAAGACUCCAUCGAACACAUAGCCGCCCUUUCAUUUGUGUCCUCUGUUGGUUUACUUUCUCAGAUCUGCGAAAGCCAGCCUCUCAUUUCGAGCAUCUUUACUUCUAUAAUUAUUGAGAUAAUCGUCAGAACCAGUGGCAGGAAGUACAAAUCCAAAGCGGGUCGAAAUUGAUUGCGAGUCUUCAUCAGAUAAGCCUCUAAUCAUGGAAACUGAUGAUAGACUUGGCCCAUUGCCCCAAGAAAUUCAGAGAAAUAUCUUGUCCCUACUCCCUACAACUGAUGUGGCGAAAGUGGGCUUAAUGUCCAGAUCUUUGAGGCAGGCAUGGCGAUCAAUUCCUAUCCUUAACUUUGACUAUUCCAGGCACGAUGAGAUGCAGAGUGUUAAGGAUUGUUAUGAAGAAUUCAUCAACAACACACUUGCUCGUCAUGAUGAGUCAACCGUUGAAAAUUUUGAAAUCCGUCUAUGGCCCUUAACUCUUUGUGACAUUUCUAUUAGGAAUGAGUGGAUUCAAUUUGCUGCAACGCAUAAUUCCAGAAAGCUUGUUCUUUUUGGAUCCAUGAUUGAAGAAGAAAUCCGUGUGCUUCCGCAGACCAUAUUUUCAUGCCAGCAUCUCCUUAAAUUAGAACUGGCAGUUACGGAUCUUGUGCUGACUUGGCCUGACACAUUCGUACUCCCCAACCUCAGGAAGUUAAUCCUGAAGUUCGCUAAGAUUCCCGCAUCAUUUAUGGAUCAGCUGUCAUGCUUUCCUGUAGUGGAAAAGCUGUCUAUGAUCCUCUGUGAUAUUAGCUUUACUGGCAUUAUAUCUGUUUCUUCAUUCACAUUAACAGAACUCAUAAUGUGUGAUUGCUGGGGGAUGGAAAAAUGCUCGGUUGUUCUCCAGAAUGUUCCCAACCUUUCCAAAUUUAUAUAUAUCUGCAAUAAGUCGGAGGGUAAUGAGUUUCAUGUGCCAGCUGAGGCCUUUCAGUUAGUUAUCAAUGACAGCAUUUCUUUUGUGAAGGCUCAAACACCCAAAGAUUUGAAUCGGGCCGUUAUGAAAGUCAUCAAGGAGCUUUUCUGUAGAGAAUUUUUUCAUCGACUGAGAGAAUGGUUCAUUGAGUAUCUCUCCAGGGUUCCAGAUCUGCAAAGGCAGCUGUCGUUUACUAUAUUCCAUAAUUUGGUGUUUCUGAAGAUACGUAUAUGGCCAGUCACCGAGCAAGUUCGAGUGGUGAUGCAGCUCACUGGCCCAUGUCCGAAUCUCGGAAGAUUGUCUGUUUUUAUUGUGAGACCGUCACAAAGAGAAGAGGCAGAUGUGGCCAAUGUUGAUGAAGUCUUUUUAUGUGAUGGAGGUUGCCAAAAAUUAUAUCAUGUAGACAUUGAUAAUUUUAUAGGAAAUGAAACUGAAAUGUAUCUUGCGAGAUGUUUGCUUGCAAACACCCCAAGAUUGCGGAGGCUUUUGAUAUCAUUUAGCUUGGGUUUUAGGUUGCGUGACAUCGCUCCGAAGAUGAACAGGGUUCGUGGGUUCGACAAAGCUUCUCCGGAUGUCAACGUUUACUUGAGAAGGGAAUAAUUCGAGAUUAUUGGAGUAAGAAACUUACCUAUGUUUUGCAUUGCUUUGUUUAAUUUCCUGCAUCAAUCAAUUAUUCGAGUACUUAUCUUUGUUUU